CCAGGGAGCCCUUGCUUUUUGGCAGUAAUGAUCUGAUAGACUGUACUUUCAGCUUGAAUAGAAGAGGAAGUUCUUUCCCACUCUCGAAGCUGAUAGAGAUUCUGAAUGGCGUUUAUAGUUUCUGUCCACCGCUCCAGCAUAUCUUUUUAUUUGUUUUCGGUCGAUAGGAUAUCAGUUGCAAAGAAUUUUUGACCUUCGUUCUGUGCUACAGUUUUCAUUCUCUUCGGAACAUAACAAACGUUUCUUCGCCACUAAGUGGUUGUAGCUCCUAAGUCGUGUGUACCUACUUUAUUUGUAGACGAAAAGCAUGUGAUUGUGAUAAAAACUACAUUGAUUGACUAUCAAGUACUCAUUUGUCAUCACAUUGACGAUUGGGAUUCAUCUGCUUAAUAUUAUAAAUCCAGUAUUUCAGUAUCAGUAUUCACUCGACGAUUUCCCUUAGUUAGUCGAUCAUCAUCCACCAAACUAAAUCUUCUAGGUAUUGGUCGUCCAAAAUAUAUCAAGAAGAUGAACGCGUCUGGUGGAACGACGUGGCCUGCGGACCCGUCGGCAUAUGAGAAGACAACGCUGAUCGGGACGGGCGCGAGCGCAAAAGUAUACAUCGCAAAGCUCAAGGGUGAGGAGAAGCGGACAUGCGCACUGAAGAUUCUAGAUCUGGAGGCAUUGGUACACGACGAUGUUCUCGACGAAAUCCGAAAGGAACUUCAAGCGAUGGCUCUCUGCAGACAUCCAAAUGUCAUAUCACAUUAGGAAAGAGUUGUAGUCGUAGUACUAUUAAAACUAAAAAAGAUCUAAAGGAAAAAUUUACAUGAUAAGCAUUUAAUGUGAGUAGUUGUAUUUUGCAUUUCGUCUAUGCCUCAUCACGACUUGCUCGUUCUUAAGUAGUUUUAUCUCGUAGUGUUAGCUCACUGAAGAACGAAGCAAGUUGCUGGCUGCUCUUCUCGUCCGUCACUCCUCGAGACUAAGCAGAGCCUUGAUGUUUUCUUUCGUCCUGCCUGAACCUCAUUCUAAUUUCGUUAUGUCUCGUUUCCGUAUAAGAGGCAAAUGUGGUUGGUAAUGCCUUUGAUGCAUCACGGGAGCUGCGCUGAUCUACUGCGAUCACACUUUCCGCAGGGUUUCAAGAAUGAGCUGGGCAUACUACUGCACCUUUUGUAUGAAACUUUGAAGGCGCUAGAAUACCUCCACGAUCCGAAGAAUGCGCAAAUACACCGAGACCUCAAGGCGGCGAAUCUCUUGCUAGGGAAAGAUGUACUACACAACUAGUCACAAGAAGAACAUUCGUUUUUGGUAGAUGCACUAGUCAAAGUUUACUUAAGAGGAUCAUGGAGAAAGAACUACUCUAUUUAUCUACUUGAAUAAAUUAGAUAAAAAUUUUUACCAAGUAAAUUUGAAUUCUACUGUUAUUUAAAGAUACGCCGAUUAGAUUUUAGCUCAUUCUUUUUUCGCACCAUCAUUCAUAUGUCUAUUAAGAACAAAAUUAUCAAUACCACAACGAACGUUGUUUUCUCAGGGCGAAGUUUGCUUAGCCGACUUCGGAGUAGCGGCGUCCUUUAAGGAGCAGCGGACACGACAGACAUUUGUGGGUACACCGUGCUGGAUGGCUCCUGAGGUUUUACUUGCUGGGCAGCAGGACGGCGCGGCCUCGAGCAAUCAGGGUUACAACUACAAGGCGGAUAUCUGGUCCUUAGGCAUCACGGCACUGGAGCUGUGCAACGGCGAAGCGCCCUAUCAGCGGUUGCAUCACCUGAAAAUCAUGCAGAAUAUCCUGGAUAAGCCACCACCGCAAGCGCCUGCGGAUGCGGAUCAGGGUUUCCGGGAUUUAGUAACAUACUGUCUGCAGAAGAACCCGGCGAAGCGACCGACGGCGAGUGAGUUGCUGAAUGCCUUGAAUUUCGGGUGGAACAAGCGGCAGCCGGAGAAGCUGAAAGCAUUACUGGCACAGCUGCCGCCACUAGAGGAAAGGCGGCGAGCCAAGGCACUGGCAGAGAAGAACAAGUCGCCGGAGCAAAGCGGAGAGGCGAAAAAAGGUAGGUCUAUCGGUGGGGGCUGGGAUUUCGACCUGCCUGAUGAAGAUGAGGAGGUCGCGACUAAAGCUCGGGAGGCAUUAGAUUCCUUGCCAGACCAUGAAUAGAUUGCAUCGACUACAUGUGAUAAACGAAACAUGAACCAACACAAGAACUCGUUCGUUAUCUCAUGAGUACCUACCUUAUGUCGUUCUUGUAUUCAUCCAUAAGUGUUUGUACAUGUAAGUCGAUUCUUGGAUGGCAUACCAGGCUACGAAAAGAUCGGCUACAAGUUUAUAAAUAUAUAGACAUCAUCUGGUUUUAUAUCUUGUACAAGAGGGGGACGCAACAAGUGACGAAGCACAUAUUUAUAGAUUCUCGUGCUGUUUGUUUCAGGGCGGGGGGCGAAGUGGAAAAACGAGCGUCGUGGAAGAUAUAAGAACCGACUUCACCGCAUACAGGAACUGAAAUGGUUCUUUUUCAUGUCAGGAUGCGAUUUCCUCCACAACGUUUACCACGAUUCGAAAAAGUCUAAUUUUUCACACGCAUCACUUUGAUAUUACUCUCAUACACUCUCCACCACACGAUAUGCUACUUGCUUUGUGCCUCCAUACUCGAUCGAGAGACCACCUCCUUAGAGUAUGUGUGAAACCUCCUACAAACCGAAACGAUGCUCCGUAAAUCCAUGCCCUGUUGUCAACUCUCUUGUCCGUAGACCCAAAAAGUUGUUCAAGCAUUCUCCGAUGCUGAGAAAUUACAGAAAGUGAAAGACACCACGA